CAUGACGUCAUAUUUACGCGACAGUACUGUGUUAUGUUACUGUGGGCCUAUUCAGGACAUUUGACUUGGCGUCAGUAGAUUAACCUCAUUUUUAACAGAGGUAAACAUGUCUACUGCAAUGAAUUUCGGGUCGAAGAGUUUUAAACCUCGGCCUCCAGAUAAAGGGUCUUUUCCGUUGGAUCAUUUUGGAGAAUGUAAAGACUUCAAGGAGAAGUUUAUGAAGUGCCUGAGUGAGAACAGCUUUGACAACUCCAAGUGCCGUCUGCAGUCCAAAGACUACCUGGAAUGUCGCAUGGACAAUCAACUCAUGGCCAAAGAACCUCUGGAGAAACUGGGAUUCAAAGACCUUGUUGACCCACCUCCCAGUCAAACCGAUCAAAAUACGAAAUUGUAACCAGUUCCACCACGGAUGCUUCUGGAAAAUCCAAAGACGCUACAGUUCUGAAUUGAAUGUGUUCAGGAUGAUUACAACACAAAAGCAGACACAACUUUGUUUUCAUUUAAAUCAAAGACUGUUAAUCUGAUGAAGAGGAAACAGAGCAUUUAGCUUGAGUCAGUUCAUCAGUUCAUCAUGUAUAUAAAAGAAAAAUGUAUAUAAUAUGAAGAUGUUGUUUUGAUGUGUCAAUAAAUGUUUUAUCUAA